AUUUAAUUCUUGAUCCAUAAUGUGAACUGAAUUGUACUGAUAUGUUGGGUACAUCUAUGUGUUGCGAUUAAUAUUUAUGGCGAUAUUACAAUCCUGUUUCUCAUACUUUACUACUGAAGAGUCUGAGAUGUGGGCUGAUGCAGCCAUUACUAUGUAUCUUAACUUUCAUUAUCUAUUAUCCUGAGUCUUUAUGAAGGACCAGGGUGAUCGUAACUCCGUUGCUGGCCUGACCUUCGUGACUAUUCUAAUUGUGGACUUGAUUUCUGUGAUUAAUACUUUUGGAAAUCGAGAAGCAAUUGACUCACAGCAGUUGGAAUAUUGGAUUUAUUUCAUGAUAGUGGCUAAUUUAUCAGCUGUAUAUCCUUUGUACCUGCUUGUCUAUAAGCAAGAGGAUGAGGUUGACUUCGACUUAGCCAGAGCUAACGACCAGUCUAUUGUUAGAAAUAAUGGGUUCAUGCAGGAUAAUAGACCAAUCGAUCGUGAAUACAUAGAUAAGAUAAAUUAUUUGCUUUACCAGCCAUAUUAUGGACUGAGAAAUAAGAAUUGUACAAUUUGAAUUGUUGAUUUUGAGCCAAACGACGCUGUGAGUGUUUUACCUAUCUGUCAUCACAUUUUUCAUGUGGUAUCUAAACCGAUGCUUUUGAAGUUCUAAUACUUCUAAUUCUUAAUUUUCCAUAAAGACUGAGUCAAAGAGUGGCUCGAGCACAAUACUACAUGUCCUGUUUGAAGAAGAGGUAUCACUAGGAGCGAUGUUGAGGUAGAACAGAAGGCCAACCAGGAUGAAGUUCUGAAAUUAGUGCCUAAAAAUACUCUUACUCAGCAUAAUGCAGAGGCUUUUGGCUAAUU